AUUACAUAGUCUUUUGGCAAUAAAUGUUGUUGUAAAUAAUUUAUUGAAACGUAAUAGAUGAUCUUUCGGCAUGGUUCAUAUCAAAAUAUUUAAUAGUAUUAUCAUUGGUAUCAUUUUUGACCUUUGACUCCUAGUGGGGGGUAGAAUGUUAUCGUCUGCUCGACAAAAACAGCUGGCCAAAUGGGCUCUCAUUUUUAGGUUAUUAUUUAUUAAGUUACGUGUGUCCGUGAUAACACGAUUCUUAUAAUCAACUUAUAUCCUAAUUUAUUCCUUACAAUUCUCAAAAAUGGUGCAAUUUAAAAAUCUCCUAGUACUUAGACCUUCAUUAGUGGCUUUUAUGAGUAAUAAAAGUUUAUCAUGUCAAACUGUAAACACAAUUCGUUGUACAAAACCUGAGGCUUUAGUUCGAUUUUUCUCCUCAAAAACUGAAGGUGAACGUUUAUACACCAACAAGCACGAAUGGAUUCUUAUGCAAGGAAAUACAGGGACAGUUGGAAUUUCACAUUAUGCCCAGGAAUCACUUGGGGACGUUGUCUAUGCUCAACUUCCCGACGUAGGAACUAUAAUUAACAAGCAAGAUGAGGUAGGUGCCCUGGAGAGCGUUAAAGCAGCCAGCGAAUUGUACUCACCAAUAUCAGGAAAAGUUGUAGAGAAAAAUGUAAAAGUUGAAGAAAGUCCUGCCCUCAUCAACAAAUCAUGCUACGAAGAAGGGUGGCUGUUCAAAGUAGAAAUUGAUAAGAAAGAUGAGCUGGAGGAAUUGAUGAAUGAGGAAGAAUACAGCAAAUUCCUAAAAACAGAUCCAGACCAUUGAUCAUAAGCAUGCCGAUUCAAAUGCUCCUAGCACAAACUCCAACUAGACCAAGAAGAACUUGUGAAUAAUGUUAUAUAUGUGUUUAAAACACUUGAAAACUCAGACUCUAUGUAUUUGAUAGCUCGAUGAACAAAAAAGUGAAGUAAAGACAGAAUUUUAAUUUGAAAUUGUGAAGGGAAAAUAGAUUAUUAAUUUAUCUUACAAUUAAUUUAACAAUGACUGGGAGAGAGUAACAUGCUCAGCCCAAAACCGCUCUUCUCCCAAAUUAUGUUUCAGUACUCAAUUAGACACUUUAUACCAUCACUGAGAGUCUAAAGACAUGAAUGUAUUUGUUGCUUUACAUUUAGAAAAAUGAACAGAAUUAAUAAAAUAGAAUUUUCCUUAUGUAAUGACUAGUAAUAUCCAGUAUUGUUUUCAACGUUAUUUCACCAAUAGGCUCCAAAAACAAGUUCAAUUAUGUCAAAAUAUUAUUGAUUGUGUUUGUUACAUAAUCCAAAACGUGAUUGGUUGGUGGGUGAAUUAACGAAUCAUUUAUGAUGGCCUAGAAAAAUAGAAUGGCCCGAGAAAUUAAACUGUGUCGAAUAUUACAUAUAGAACACAAUUAAAAACGAUGUCAGAUAAAAA